CAACGUUUAAUAAGUUGUGCUGUGUUUGUUUAAUGGAUUCUUUAGGCCCGCAUUGAUUGAAUUCUAUUCUUACAAAGAUUUAUGACAGUCACGUGGUAGAUAUAGUUGGCUGGGCUAAAAACGAAAACUAUAUCGAUACGGGAUUCUAUUUUUGACAAGCAUAGAGAAACCACGUACCAAUUUUAUGGAUUCUAAUUUAUAAGAUGAUGGAAGAAGUUUUCGGAAGGUCGAAAUCUGUGUUUGACCCACAUACUGAGCCACAUUAUGACGUCACAUCCGGUCAGGUUGCUUUCUUUCUCAUCUGGAUAUCGUGUUCAUUUAUUUACAUUUUACGCUUAUUGAACGUUUCUCUACCGUUUGGUUUUCUAAGCGACAAAGACAAGGUCAAAAAUGACGAAGAAAGUGCAAAUAUAUCGGUUAAAAAUGAAAUUACAAUAGUUGUGACGUCAUCAAAAGAUGAGCACAUUAAACAAAAUGGUCGAACCGAAGAUGUUCAAAAGACAUUGUCGACGCCUAGCAAAGAAUUACCGAUUACGAAAAAAGAACUCAACACACCAGUAAGAACUGCGCCAACUAUAGACGAGUUUCUGUGGAAUGUUGCAAUAUUCGGAGCCAUCAUGAUUCUGUUCUUCUUGUUUGAUUACAGAAAGAUCAUGCCUAUUUUGGAGCGAGUGUACAACCGGGAUGAGUUCCUAUUCCUCGUGUUUCUAUUGUUUCUAGUCGCAUGUGCGUUCACCAUCAAGCCUACACACGACAAAAUACUCAACAGGUUCCAGACAGAGGAAUGGAAGGGCUGGAUGCAAGUGAUGUUCGUCUGGUACCACGUGUUUGCUGCCAAGGAAUGGUACAAUUGGAUACGGGUGUACAUCGCCGCGUACGUAUGGAUGACGGGAUUUGGUAAUUUCUCUUUCUUCUGGGUGAAGAAAGAUUAUUCUCUGUACCGCUUCCUGAAGAUGCAGUUCCGGUUAAACUUCCUCGUCACGUGCUUAUGCGUUGUCACCAGCAACGAGUACAUGCUUUAUUACAUAUGCGCAAUGCAUUCUUAUUGGUUCAUUUCUGUGUACGUUUUCAUGGGAACGCUUAAAUCAUGGAACACUGAUCCCAACAAAAUGCUUGUUAAGUUUGUACUUUAUUUUCUAUUUAAUUGUGCAAUAUUUGAAAUUGAUUUCGUCCGAAAUAAUAUUUUUCGUCCGUUUAAAUUCUUAUUGGGUUACACUGAUCGUAACCCGUAUGUUGAUGAUAUGCAUGAGUGGGCAUUUAGGGCAGGAUUGGAUCACUGGGCAUGUUUCUUUGGAAUGGUGUGUGCCUACAAUUACCCUCAUUUUGAAAAGUUCAUGACAGAGAUAGAAAAGUCUGAUAAAUUGAGACACAAGAUUUUCACAAAGGCAGCAAUGAUAGGUUCGUGUUUGGUAGCAUUAAUUAUAUGGUACUCAAUAUUUAUGGUAAAAGAGAAACUUGACUACAAUUCGAGCCAUGCGUAUUCUUCUUUGAUUCCAAUUAUAGCAUUUAUAAUUCUCAGGAACUCAUUUCCAGUGCUAAGGAAAUUUUAUAUAAAUUUAUUCGCCUGGCUUGGGAAAAUCACAUUGGAAACGUAUCUGGCACAACUCCAUAUAUAUUUGCAGUCGAACGCCAAACAUUUCACAGGAUAUUUCCCGAACUACCACUUCCUAAACUUUGCUUUGGCUACGGUCAUUUAUGUCACUAUUGCUUAUAAAUUGUUCAAUAUAACGACUGUAUUUAGUGCGUACUUGAUUCCAAACGAUAUGAAAAAGACUGCUAAGAAUAGUUUUCUGAUAUUCAGUCUGUUUGGAGUAACGUAUAUUUCAGUGGCUGUGUUAAAAUGGCUUUAAGGUAUUCUCUCCUUCAUGAAACUGUGUUUAACACUUUCAAUGACAUUUCUGUUAAAGCUGCACUCUCACAGAUUUACAAUUGUGACAACUCUUUUUCUUUUUUUGUCACGGAACGGACCAAUUUUGCGAAAAUCCAUGGAAACCAGUUAUAUAAGACUGCUGACAAAAAUUAGAUCGCAUAUUUUUUAAAUUUUAGUUUAAAAAUUGAUUGAUUGAGUUUUUCUUAAACCUUUAGUAACAGUUUACGCCAUAAAACAUUAGUUUUCGAACGGAAAUAUGAACAUCUGCGACCUGUUCUUUUGUCAGCAAUCUUAUACCAUCGUUUUGCAGAUAUUUACGCAACAAUUUGCUCUUUCCAAGACAAAAAAUAAUAAAAAGUUGUAAAAAUGGAAAAUCUGUGAGAGUGCAGCUUAUAUAUAUAAGAGCUAUGUGUUUCAUUAUGAGUUAAAAUUGCGUUUUUGUAUGUGUUAUUUACCACAUUUUAGCCUAAAAUGUUAUAAUUAUGGGAACUACUUCAAUGCGCAGUCACCCAUAGUCGCCUAUGUGUUAAUCCGAUCUUGUCAUUGUUCAGUUUAGUUUUGUCCCAUCCAGCCGUCCAGUGUUUGACUUAAAAAAAACUCCCUCCCUCCCUUAUUAUUAUAUUUACUAUUACUAUUUUGUUUGUGUUAUUUUGCAACUUAUAUCUGUUAUUGAAUGCCUUGUUAAAUGUAUUACGGGCAUUUGGCCGCGACUUUUUAUUAUUUCUGUCUAAUGGCUUACUUGUAUAAUGAUUAUAUUACUCGCGUCGCGGCCAUUUACGGCAAAUUAUUAUUUAUGUAUUUAUUAAAUGUUAUACGAUGUCUUGUCUUUGUCCUUUGGCGUAACGAUUAAUUAUGAACAAACUCCAAAGAGUAUUAUUCGAAUAUAAAUUCGUCAAUCCAAAUCUUAAGUCCCUCAAUUUUCAGUAGCGUUUAUACAAAACAAAUUCAAACGAAGUAUUUUCUGUCAUAGUUGUACAUAUUUAUUAAAGAACAUAAUAACUCUCGUUGAACUUCGUACGAUUGGUUAUUAUUGCACAAGUAGUUUGUUAACACUACGUACUCAUUUUAUAAAAGAUUUCUAAGUCUGGUCCUUUGAAACUUGAGAGAUUCUUUUAGGGGUCUUUUAGGGGCCACAAUAUGAGUCUACACUUGAAGGAUGCAAAAGGGUCACGAAAUAGGUUACGACUUGAUAGAUGGGUGUUUUUAAUUGCAAUGCAUUAGUAUGUUUAACUCAUUUGACUUAAAAGCAAAACACAACUGUGAGCUUUUCGGGGCUCAAUUAAUAGCCACGUGGCCACAAAUUCCCUUGUUUAAAAAGCACCACAAUAUCGCUAAUGUUUUAAUUUGUAUACAAAUAUGUGUUGUGUUUGUUUUGAUCAAUUUAGUGAAAUGAGUGUUAUUAUGUAUCUAUCAGGGGUAACAUGUACUGAGCCCUUUUAAUAUUCAUUGUAUGGAUAAGCCCGCAUAUAAUAAUGGUAUUAUUGAAAUGUUUUUUUGUUAUUAUUAUUGUGGAAAUAAUUCUUAAGAAAAUAUCAUUAAAAUGUAUGCUUUCAACAGAUCUUAUAAGCUUGCUUAAAAUAGUUUUGAUUAUAAUGUUAUUAUUUGAGAUUAUAGCUUAUUUACUGUUCUUCAUAUCUGCGGUGUUGUUGAAAGAGGAAUUAUUUUGGGAAAAAAUAGAUAGGCAAAAACAAGUUUUCUAUUAGCUUUUGUUUUAUACAAACAUGGCAUCGUUCGGCACGGCAACUGUUGUGUGUGCAUUCGGCAACUUGAAGCUUGUUUAAUCCACAAUUCUAUGGAUAUAUAUAAAUAUUUCGUUAACAAUUAAAAAGAAAGAAAAUUAUUUGAAAAUAUAAAUAUAAAUUACUUUAAAGCUGCACUCUCACAGAUUUACUGUUUUGACAACGUUUUUGAUAUUUUGUUUGCCUUGUAAUGAACCAAUUGUACCCAAAUAUCUGAAAAUCAGUGAUAAAAGACUGCUGACAAAAGAUCAGAUCGCAGUUUUCAUAUUUCCGUGUUUUAUGACAAAAAGCGUUUCUAGACAAAAUAAUAAAAAAAGUUCAAUCUGUGAGAGUAUAGCUUUAAAGAAGUGGAAUCAUAACUUUUUUCUUUCCAUUGACAUUGUUAAGUUACUGAACAAUAAAAAGUACUUACAAACAAUGGAGCUUAUGCAAUAGAAUGUAUUUAAUAAUUAACUUCGAGUUAUGCGUAAACAAAACAGUAAUUGUGUUUAGUAUAGCGGGAACUUGUUAUUUUAGAGACAUUCGGUCGGUCGGUCGGUCGGUCGGUCGGUCGGUCGGUCGGUCGGUCGGUCGGUCAAUCGGUAGAACAAGUGUUAGUACAAAAACUCUAGAACGGUUUGACCUUGGUCAAUGAAACUUUGA